AUUUUAGAUGUUAAAUAUGAGACGAAGAUUGAAACUGAAGACUGUGAUCGUGGGGCUUGUUACCUGUCUCACUUUAUGGCUACUGGUUUAUUUUGGUGCUUUUACUCACUUUUUUGAGCGUACUUAUGAUGAUAACUUUCAGUAUCCAUAUGAUGGCAAUGUGCCAGAGCUCAUUUCUCAACUACGAAACCAUGAGCAGCCUGACAUUCAACCCAUCACUUCCUAUAAUUACACAUUCCUAUCAGACUGUAAGAAAAAAUGUGUAGACGAAGAUAAUCCUCAGCUUCGUUUGGUUUAUCUUAUCAAGUCCGCUUUGCACAAUUUUGAUCAGCGAAAAGCUAUACGAAAUUCAUGGGGUUUUGAGAGGAGGUUUUCAGAUGUACCAAUCAGGACGGUAUUUUUGUUAGGGGUGAAGCAUGAUGAUGUUGAACUUCAAAAGAAAAUUCUUGAUGAGCAAAGCAAGUUUGGUGACAUAGUUCAGGCAAAUUUCACUGAUGUUUACUUUAAUAAUACUAUCAAAACCAUGAUGGGGUUUAGGUGGAUUAUUGAUAACUGCUUGAAUUCCAAGUUCUAUAUGUUCAGUGAUGAUGACAUGUAUAUUUCAACAAAGAAUGUACUAAGAUUCUUGAAAGAUCCAACAAGUUAUCCAGACCUAAAAGGGAGCCUGAGGGGAAAUGACUAUGAACUACCAGAUGAUGUGAAGCUAUUUUCUGGUUUUGUGUUUGUGUCAGCACCUCAUCGACAUCGAUCCAGUAAGUGGUAUGUUCCUUUGUCGGAGUAUCCUUAUCAUUUAUGGCCACCUUAUGUGACAGCUGGAGCCUAUGUUCUCUCCAAAGAGGCUCUGCUUGAUAUGUACUAUAGUAGCAUGUACACACAACAUUUUCGCCUCGAUGAUAUUUAUCUUGGUUUGGUGGCCAAGAAAGCAGGUAUUGAACCAUACCAUUGUAGUGAGUUCCAUUUCUACCAAAAACCAUAUGAUAUAAAUUCUUAUCGAUUUGUUAUUGCCUCUCAUGGAUUCAAUCCUGAAGAACUAGUCAGAAUAUGGAAUGAGCAAAAAUCAGCUGGUCAUGCUUGAGCCAUUCCGUACUCAUUCACAGGGUUGCCUUACUGGAUUGUUGAUAAACCUUUUUCAAAAGAAACAAUUCUUUUGUUAUGCACUCGCACUGUUCAUGAGAAAAAUUGCAUCAGAAUGUCAGCUUUUUUAAUUGAAAAUUUUGUAGAUUCACGUUUUAAAUUAAGCUUGUGUGUUUCCUUAAUUAAAUCUAAUAAAUUUUAAGAUUGAAAAGUUUAUAAUUUCCUUUCAAUAUUAUUGUUGGUCCUUUUUUUUUUCCUGUUAAAUAUGUUAUCAAUCUCACUAGAACUGAAGUCAUUUUGAGUUUAAGUAUGUCAUACAUUAAUGUGCCGGCAAGGUGCCUAACUGUAAUUUUGUGAAUAAAUGUCAGUUGUUAUA